GUGUAUACAAAGAAAUGCGUAGAAACGAGACGCAUAAGUUAGUUUCUUACAGAAAUAUUUAUCAAAAUGAAUUUUUUCCUGAUGUCGCUGAUUUUAUGCGCGCUCUUAGGUCCCGUCGCCCCUGUAUCUAACAGCACGAGUCCUGGGCCCGAUGACGAAGUUCAACUUAAAUUUGUACAAAAAGACGUACCUAAUGAAUAUCCCAAAUAUCCGUUUCUGGUUUCAGUACACCUUAAGCGCGGUCGCCAUCUUUGCGGGGGUACGAUUGUCUCCAAGUUAUGGGUGAUGACGGCCGCUCACUGUUUGUACGACAACGAACGCAAGAGGUUCCUGACGUCGGACGACUUCCGACUGGUGUUCGGCUGUCGGGUGUUGGAUUGGAAAAGGGACUACUUCACCAGCCCGUGUGCGGCGGUGCGCUUCCCCACCGGCGUGUACCCGCACCCGAAGUACGACACGGAGAAAAAAUUGUACGACAUAGGGCUGCUCAGGAUCGCCGAGCCGUGGGACGAGCGCGCGGAGGCGGUCCCGAUUCUGCCCUUCACCGUGACGAGCGACGCUCUGCAAGUCUACUCCAACUGCGAGGUGCCCGGCUGGGGCUACUCCCACCAGGACAGCCGCCGGAGCGCGCGGCCGGCCCUCAUCGCCGCGCGCACUCUCCUCGUGCAGGCUAAAAUAAUGGUGCCAAAGGAGGAAGAUCACAUCUUGAAUAGUCCGACCGCUGAACUGUUGGACGUGGCUGAUUGCGCCGCCAUGUUCGAAGAAGGGCAUUCCGUCGUGUCACCAUUGUACAACCUCUGCACCACCAAAAAACAGUCCGAAACAUGCGAUGGCUUCCAGGGCAGCCCGCUGAUCUGCUCCGACACGCAGGUGGGCCUCCUGUCCUGGGGCGUGGACUGUCGUCCCGAGUACGAGCACCCGACCGUCUACACGCGCGUCGACCCCUUCCUCCAGUGGAUGGACGCCGUCAUGACCACGUACGGGUCCCGCGGGGUGCGUCGCGCGCUGCCGCCGCCGCUGCUACUGACGGCGCUGCUGCUGGCGUCUCCGGCGGUCGUCGUCUGACGCCAACUUAGCUGCCGUCGACUGGUGUCCUCCCGGGACUUGCGUGUGUGCUCAAUACAUUCUGAACCAUCAAACCUCUUACAAUUUGACGAUAUUUGUUGUAUAUUUUUCCUGCUUUAUCUUUGAUGUAUGCAAAAUUUAAUAUAUUAAAAAAAUAAUUAAUUGUUUCAGUUUA